AUGGCCGAACAAAUAACCGAGCAGUAUCUGGUGGCCGCCCUUCGCGACAAGCUCCAGGCCGAGACCGUCGAGGUCACGGACGUUUCCGGCGGCUGCGGCCAAGCGUUCACCGCGAUCAUCGUGUCGCCACAAUUUUCGGGCCUCAACUCGCUGAAGCGCCACCGCCUCGUCAAUGCCGCCCUGCGUGAAGAAAUCAAGAACAUCCAUGCGUGGAGCGCAAAGUGCCACACGCCAGAAGAGUGGGCGAAGGAGAGCAACAAGUCCGUAGAUACGACGGCGGUGACGGUAUAA